GAUAACUCUACAAUGUCAUUGCAUCAAUAUUCAGUCCACUGUGGCGGUCAUUCGACAUAGUGCAAUAGAGGGACAUGUAACAGGAAGAGAAUUGAUUUACCAAACAGUUGUUCUUCAGUCAUGAUUCUUGUCUGUAAGAUGGAUGUUUGAUUCUGUACUUCAAUGCCAGUAACUUGAGUGUGCACAUGAUGGAGGCAUUGGUGACUGCUUUGGCGGGUGGCUGUGCCGGAAUGUCCGUAGACAUAGCCCUGUUUCCACUGGAUACAGUGAAGACCCGUCUGCAGAGUGAGGCGGGGUUUAUACGAGCAGGGGGAUUCCGCGGGAUAUACUCCGGAUUGCCGUCAGUCGUGAUGGGGUCAUUUCCUACUGCUGGAUUUUUUUUCUGUGCCUAUGAGGGUGUAAAGGUUUUGGGUGAUGAAUACCUACAGCAGGUUUGGGACCCUGUGCUCCAUAUGACAGCUGCCUCAGUCGGUGAAACGACGGCAUGUUUGGUGCGAGUUCCUGUGGAGGUGGUCAAGCAGAGGGCUCAGGCCACACAGUUCUCGUCCUCAGAAAUCCUCAGGGAAACACUACGCACAGAGGGUAUGCGAGGACUGUACAGAGGUUAUAUGAGCACGCUGAUCAGAGAAAUCCCCUUCUCCUUCAUUCAGUUCCCUCUCUGGGAGUUCUUCAAGAAAACCUGGUCUUCCCAUCAAGAUCAUCCUGUGGACCCCUGGCAGUCUUCGAUUUGUGGAGCUACUGCUGGCUGCAUAGCUGCUGGUGCAACCACACCACUAGAUGUUGCUAAAACACGGAUCAUGUUGGCAGAGACUGGCUCUGCACUAUCAUCAGGAAGCAUAAUGUUUGCUUUAAAGUCGGUGUACAGAGAAAAUGGAAUGAACGGAUUAUUUGCUGGUGUGGUACCCAGAAUGCUGUGGAUUACAAUUGGAGGUGCUAUUUUCCUGGGAGUUUAUGACAAGGCCAAAACUGUUCUGUCAUCAAACCUCAUAGAUCCUGGCUAAGUGAUGUUAUGUCCAAUAUUUUAAACAAAUAGGUCGAAUGAAUGUGUUUUGUAAUAAAUGUCAUUGAAAUUAA